AUGCCGUCGUAUCCCUCGUCGGAGAGCGAAGCGUCGCUGGGCCCCGCGUUGGGUGUAAACGAGCUGUCUCCAGACGCCGAUCGACCAGACCACCUCCGCGCGUUUCGCCGCAAUGUACGACAGAACAAGUUUGCUAUUGCCCCUUGUCUGGUAGCAGCGCUGGCCACAGGUGUGGCUCACCUCACCCUCCUCCCCCUUCCACGCGCAGAUGUCAUUGAGAAAGACGGAGGAUGGCUGCCGGCGGCACGGUGGUUGACUGACGUCGUCAUACUGGCGUUGACGGUGGUGAGCGCGACAUUGCUAGCUGCGACGCUCGUGCGGCGGCCCUUCCCAGCACGCCUGCGACCCGCCGAUCUCGGCGGGCUCGCCAACAUGGGAAUCCACCGUGCGGCAUGUGUGUUCAUUUUCCUCGCCUCCCUCAUUUCCAUCAUCCUCCAUGCGACCCCCGGAAUCGUCUACAUUGUUCUCACAAAGCGGGGAACGCCUCCACUUCCUGGCACGACCGUCGUUCUGGGAUACCUUCAUGUGCUGGCCUUGUUUGCCUCUCUCAUCACCUCUGGAUGUAUGCGCCGCGGCCCCAAGCUGCGCGCCAGGGAACCAUCGCUCGGUACCGCGUUUGGUGUCGGAUCGUUGGCUGAGGACCCCUCGGCCUCGAAGCUUCGCGAUGAUCUCGGACAAGAGGUCAUCGACUAUGGCAACUGCACCAUGCUUACGUUUUUGACCUUGGGAUAUAGUGUCUCACUGGCGCAGAAGUCGCGCAAGGUGGACCACCUUGUCCAAGCCGACCUUCCCAUGCUCGAAGAAUGGGUCCGUACAGCUGGAAACGGCUAUCUCGAAGAGCAAGAGCCCAAAGGCGCCGACUUUCAACCGUACACUAGCCUGGGGUUGGUCAAGGUCCUGUGGUCCGGUCGGGGAUGGGCCGUCUUCCUCACGUUUGCACUUGAGACACUGAACACUGUGUUGUCGUUUGUGGGUGUUACCGCCUUGCAUGAAAUCAUUGCUUCCUUUGGCAAGAGCGAUGACCUCAGCUACGCAUAUCUGAUGUGCUGGGGCCUGUUCCUCGGGCAAUGUGUUGAAGUUUUGUUAUCAGCCUACCUCUGGGUUCGCGAGAACUAUAUCCUGCACAACCCCGUGCGGAUGACCUUGUCUGCAAUUCUUUACGCCAAGAUUCUCCGUGCCACAGACGCCAAAGCUAUGGAAGCUCAGCACCUGACUUCCGCCGAGGACGCAAAGGCGAACAAGGGACGUGCCCAGGUCAUGAAUCUCUUGACUAUCGACGUAACGACCGUGUCUUCUCUCGCCACGUACCUCUGGAACAUUACCAAUGGUCUUGUCCGACUGUUCAUCGGCAUGGUCUUCCUGUACAGCAUGCUAGGUGUCAGUGCAGCAGUGGGACUCCUCUGCAUUCCGCUCUUCACGCCCAUGUCGGUCUGGUGUGCAAAGAAGAUCUAUGAAUGUGACCGAUCUUGGGCACGCGAGCGAGACGCGCGUACCGGAGCCAUUAAGGAGUUCCUCGCGGGCAUCAAGGUUAUCAAGGUUGGUCGUUGGCUACAGCAUGUGCUAAUUGUCCAGCUCAACGCGUUUGAAGGUUACGAAACUGAACGCAUCGGCGCACUUCGCGAUGUCGAGACCAGCUGGCAGCGUUGGCGCUACACCCUCGGCACGGUGUUCAAUAUCCUGGCCGACCAGAUGCCCAAUUUUGCCAUCUUGGUCACAUUCGUGUUCUACACCAAGGUCAUGGGUCACACGCUGGAGCCUGCCACAGCCUUUGUGGCCAUCACGGUGUUCCUCCGCGUUCGAUCCGGCCUCGACAUGCUCCCCAACAGUAUCGACAUUGUGUUGAGCACCAAGAUCGCUCUUGACCGUCUAAAGGGUUACCUCAACCAAGCCGAAGUCGAUGUCGACAAGACAGACGUGUCGGAUGGCAGGAUCUUGCUUGACGACGCAACCUUUUCGUGGCCACGCGCCGACAGCCAUGGCGACUCGGGCAUCCCGGCCUUUCAAAUGUCUCACUACAGCCUGGCGAUCCCGCAGGGCAAGCUCACCCUCGUGUGCGGACCCCUUGGCUCUGGCAAGACCCUCUUCCUCCGCGCUCUUCUCGGUGAGGCCAAGCUCGACAGCGGCCAUAUCAUUGCGCCCCGCUCCCAGCCCGACAUGACUCCUCUUGAUGCUUCGAUCAUCAAGUUCCAGUGGACCAAUGAACUGUGGUUGGAGAACUCGGUCGCAUAUGCCCCGCAGAUGAGCUACAUCCGUCACGGCACUGUGCGCGAUAACAUUCUCUUUGGUCAGCCAUUCUGGCAAGACCGCUACGUUGAGGUUAUCCGCCAGUGCUCACUCCAGUCCGACUUUGCACUUCUUGUGGAUGGCGACCUGACCGAGGUCGGCGAAAAUGGCGCCAACUUGAGUGGUGGACAAAAGGCGCGCAUCAACCUGGCCCGCUGUAUCUACUCGCGUGCUCGGACAAUCUACCUCGACGACGUGUUGUCAGCCGUCGACGCGCACACGGCCCAGUUCAUCGUCGACCAGUGUUUCCGCGGCAGCCUUGUCAAGGGCCGAACCCUCGUCCUCGUCAGCCACCAUGUGGACCUGUGUCUCCCCGCAGCGUCGUAUGUGGUCGCUCUUGCGGAUGGCCGGCUGCAACAGGCCUGUCGUGCCAAGGAUGCCCAACUCGCGUCGCUGGUGGCUCUCACCUCGCCCGCCGACUCAAAGAAGGACCUGCCACCCGCCUCCCCGACGUCCGUCACCUCACCCAUUGACAAGCCAGACGCCGCUCAAGUUCUCAACACCUUUGUUGAGCUGCAAGACUAUGCUGUUCCCCCAGACGAGGCUGAAGCACCUCACCUGCCAGAGGAUUCAGACCUAGACUCGGAACAAGACGAGGACGACAGGCGUGUCCUUUACCGAGCCGAGCACCAGGCAACUGGCCACGUUGGGACCUCGCAUUACUGGAUGAUGAUCACGGCCGCUGGCGGAUGGUGGUAUUGGCUCGUCUUUGCCAUCAUUUACUCCUCCACCAAGGGCACAUCCAUGCUGGUGAGCUGGGUGCUCCAAUGGUGGACUGCCGACCCGGACCCCAACAGGUUGGACCACUACCUCGUCUGGUACGUGUCAGCCAACCUUCUGACCACGCUGCUCGGUGCCCUCCGCUGGGUUUGGCUGUAUGGUAUUGGCAACGUCGGGUGGUACUCGUCUGGUACCAAGAAGAUUCACCGCCGCCUCUUUGCCACGAUUGCCAACGCACCCUUGUCGUUCUUCGAGACGACGCCGGCGGGCAGACUCCUCAACGUCUUUGCCCAGGAUACCAGGCGAAUCGACAGCCAGUCUGCUGAUGACUUUGGUCGGACCACAAUGGAAAUGCUUCGUCUUGUCGCGGCUGCAGCUGUGGUGGCAUCUGAGGAGCCCUCUAUGAUGCUUGUUCUCGUUGCUUUUGGCGUGCCGCUCUUCAUGGUGGCUAACGGACUCGGCCGACUGCGUACCAACCUCCGCCGUCUUGCUGCGGUGGCCGACUCUCCGCUCAUCAGCUUGUACCACGACUCGGUGGAUGGUGUCGUCAUGCUGCGAGCUUUUGGCAUGCCCAACGUCAUGACUCAGGCAAUGAAGACCCUCAUCAACCGCUCGCGCUCGGCAGAGACUUGGAACUGGAUCUGCUACAACUGGGUGCGCGCCGUGGUGCUCACCCUCUCGAGCGUUUUCGUGACUGCCACGGGCUUUGUCCUCGUCGGGCGUGACAUGACCCCGUCCAAGGCGGGUUUCAUCCUGUCCUUUGCUGUCCAGAUCUCAGGCACCCUCUUCAGCCUGCUCGAGCAGUUCAUCCUCCUUGAGCAAACGUUCGUCAGCGCCGAGCGCAUCAACUACUACAUCCAAAACACCGAGCAGGAGCCGAGCGGUGGCAUCGUCCCUGAACCGCAGUGGCCCGAACGCGGCGCCAUUAGUGUGCGCAACCUCUGCGUACGCUACGCACCAGACCUCCCAGACGUGUUGAAGAACGUGUCAUUCGACGUCGGAGCCGGUCAGCGUGUCGGCCUCGUUGGCGCCACGGGCAGCGGCAAGUCGACGCUCGCUCUCAGCCUCUUCCGCGCCAUGGAGGCGCAUGCCGGCCAUAUCGAGAUUGACGGCGAGGACAUUGCGUCCGUUUCCCUCCAUGCUCUCCGCAGCCGCCUCAACAUGGUCGCCCAAGAUGGAUCGUUGCCUAGUGGUACGCUCCGUAACGCCCUCGACGUCACCGGCGAGCGCGACGACCACGAGGUUUACGAUGCGCUGCGUCGUGUCCACCUCCUCCCCGAAGUCGUGACUCAGGACGACGUCAAGACGAACCCCUUUGCCAACCUGGACACGUUUGUUGCGGCAGAGGGGUCUAAUUUCAGUCACGGACAAAGGCAGCUUCUGUGUCUUGCCCGUGCCCUACUCAAGCGUUCUAGGAUUCUUGUUAUGGACGAGGCCACAUCUUCAGUAGACUUUGAGAUGGACGCCAAAAUCACAACCACGAUCCGCGAGUGCUUUGCCGACACGACCAUGCUCGUCAUUGCUCACCGCUUGGCAACAAUCGUGGCUUACGACCGCGUCCUUGUCAUGGAUCGCGGGCACGUGCUCGAAAAUGACAAACCACUUACGCUCAUGCAGCGCGAGGGCUCGUCCUUCCGCGCCCUCUGUAUGGCGCAAGGCGAAGAAGAGUUUUCUCGCCUUCUCGUGCUCGCGAAGAAAAGCCAAUAG